GCACACUGAUCAGUUUGUAUUAAAAGCUUAAACGAUCUAAAACAUAGACGGUUUGUUAAAACAGCAUCAUAAAAAAACAAAAACAACAAAGUACAACUAAAAUCUCAAAUAGACUAAUAAACGGGAUAUUGUAAAGAAUAUUAACAAAAACAAUAACAAAAAAGAAAUAAUAAUUUUCAGUUUUUUAUAUUAAAUUGUUUUUUCUCCAUGGCAUAAUUAAUUUAUUAAGAAAAAAUUAAUAAAAUAAACACCACCGCUCACUAACUGGUCAUUAAUUAAGCAAAUUAAUGGAGAAUUUUAUUAUAAAUAUUUUUAUUUAUUUCACCUGAGAACAAAAAAUAAUACUUUUGUGUAAAGAAUAACGCAAUUAAUUACUUUUUUUAAUUUAGCAAAAAUCAAUAAUCAAUAAAAUACAAUUUUAUUUAUUAUAUUGUAUCAAUUUAUCAAUUUUAUUUAAAUACAAUAUACGGUCACAAUGGCAAAAUCAUCAUUAAUCAAAGGAUUUUAUAUGAUAAUCUAUAUUAUAUUAAUUUUACAAACUACAACUUUUGCACAAAUAAUAUUUCCAAAUGAAGAGAUUGAUGUACCAAAUUUUGGUCGCUGUAUAACACCCAACCGGGAGAGAGCUCUGUGUAUAAUACUCGAAGAUUGUAAAUAUCUGUAUAAUAUUUUGGUAUCUUCUCCCUUAAGAGAUGCUGAUAGAUUAUAUUUAAGUCGCAGUCAAUGUGGUUAUCAAAAUGGCAAAGUUUUGAUUUGUUGCCCCGAUCGUUAUCGCCAGGUUACACAGCAGACUGUGCCACCAACUCCUCCUCCAAAUUAUGUUAAUAAUUUAUUACCACAACCCGGUCAGUGUGGUAAUGUUUUGUCGAAUCGUAUUUAUGGUGGUAAUAAAACAAAAAUUGAUGAAUUUCCCUGGAUGGCAUUAAUUGAAUAUACAAAAGCCAACAAUGCUAAAGGUCAUCAUUGUGGUGGUUCCUUAAUAAACACUCGUUACGUAAUAACAGCCUCACAUUGUGUCAAUGGCAAAGCUAUACCCACCGAUUGGCGUUUGACCGGCGUCCGUUUGGGUGAAUGGGAUACAACAACAAAUCCAGAUUGUGAAAUAGAUGUACGUGGUGAAAGAGAUUGUGCUCCCGAACAUCUUGAUAUUAGAGUCGAACAGGCCAUACCACAUCCGCAAUAUAAUCCCAGUUCUAGAAAUCAAGUCAACGAUAUAGCACUCUUACGUUUAGAACGAAGCAUAUCGUAUACUGACUUUGUGAGACCUAUAUGUCUACCGAUAAAUAGUAAUUUGCGUACGGCGGCAUUUGAUGGUAUAGUAAUGGAUGUUGCUGGAUGGGGUAAAACCGAAAAAGAGUCGGUAUCAAAUCUAAAACUUAAAGCCUCCGUAGAAGGCUACUCUAUUGACGAAUGUCGUUCAGUCUAUAUGCGUCAGAAUAUUAUUUUGGAGGAUACGCAAAUUUGUGCCGGCGGUAAGGAAGGUAUUGAUUCAUGUCGUGGUGACUCCGGUGGUCCACUUAUUAGUUUGGAUACUACAAAUAGGAUUCGUGCUUACUAUUUCCUAGCUGGUGUUGUAUCUUUUGGCCCUACACCAUGUGGUUUAGAGGGCUGGCCUGGUGUCUACACACGUGUUGGUAAUUAUAUUGAUUGGAUAUUACAAAAUCUUCGCCCAUAAAUAUUGCUGUGCAUUUUUUAUUUGAAAUUGUGUUUCAUUGUAAAUAUUUUACUUUGAGUUGGACUUAAAAUUAUUUAUGCAUGUUUUGUAUUUUAAUAAAAAAUAAAUAAAAAUAAAUGUAUGACAAUUCCUUUUCUAAGGAAGUAAAUAUUAAA